GUGAGUUGUGUGUUAGUGUUGUAUACAUGUAAGGGUGUUUACUGCUAAAUUGACUACCAUUAGAAUUACCCCAUAUCUGUGUCAUAAUAUGUAAUUAUAAUAAAUAAUAUCUUUUGACCACUCCCCCUGAUGGAAUUUGUACUCAUGACCUCCAGAGAUUUCAAGUCUAAUGCUCUAACCACUCGGCUGCUGCACUUGAGGGUCGUCCAAGGGGGGCUUCUGGCACGGUUCUCAAAUGAAAAAAAAAGAGAGGAUCAUGGAUCACAGAUAUAAAAAUUUUGUUUUCUCGAAUCACAAAAAUAAGCAAGUAAGAUACUCUUAAGAUAAGAUAAGUAUCUUAAGAGUAAGAUACUUAUCAAGUAAGAUAACUUGUUCUUACACCAGAAAGAGUGUUUGAAGAAAGCAAAAUUGUGAAAGGCUAGGUCUAGGCUAAAUAUUGCAAAGUCACUCUUGAUAGAUGACUCUAACCAUUCGGAGGUCUCAAAUCUCAAAAUCACGUCGAACAGAGUGGUGGAAUCACGAAUAUCGGCUAGUAAUUCAAGUUCCUCAUGGGUCACACAAAACCUUUAGGUCACAGAUCACAAAGAAUAAUUUCCUAAAUUCACAUUUCACGAAAAAUAAAUUCAGCUGAUCACGUAUCACAAGAAUAUGCUUGUACGACCCUCUACACUUGGCUGUUGUUCGCGUAAAAAGAUGAUGGACAUUCCUGGCAGGGGUCAAACAUUAAUGAAUUUGAGCCAUGCGAGAGACAUGCGUUCUAUUUUAUGUCACAGGAGCAUUAGACGACACUCACAAGCAUUCUGUAAUAGGACAGGACUGAUGUCAUUGGGAAAUGCACCAACACAGCUUAAAGUUCUUGAUUUUCUGUCAAAUUACAAGAAACCACAACCACCUGUCAAUCUACGUCUCGCAAAGACACCGCAGACAACAGACACCUGGCGGCAAAAGCCUAUACACCUCUCUUCUCCUUCAAGAGUUGAUGUGGACUUGUAUUCCAAAAUGAUUGAGCGCCCAAAGAUGACAGUUGACAAUACACCAGAAAAGGUGCAAGAGGUUACACUGGAAGGAGAAAAGACCAAUAACAGGAAUUACUUCUGCCGUGUGACCAUACGACGCCGUCCAACAGACUUGCAGUACUUAGGUGAACUAUACCUUGAAGAGGACACCAGUAAUUCACAAGGAGCUGCAGCAACAGCAACAGCAGACUCCUCAGACUCCAGCAAGGCAGGGAAGGCGUGUCAGUUUUUCCUUGGAAGUAAACUUGGAGCUCAAAAGUAUCUACAACAGUUCCAAGACUUGUACACAGAGGAAGGGCGAAAGUCUGUUAAGAUAUGCACCUAUAUUCCCGGUCAGCACCAGGUAGCAAUGGCUGCAGCUGCUGCCAAUCAACAGGCUUCACAGGCACCCAAUAACGCCACACAGACAUCAAAUGCCACAGUUUCUGUAAAUGCAAACAUGCAAGAUCAAAAACAGGCAAAGGUGGCAAUACCUCUGCCGACAGCAACAAACACAGUGACAGUCAUUCAAAGUAACAAUUUGGCAAUGGCAUCACACACAACGUUACCAGGCAACAGCACGGUGUCUCAAGUGCCUGUGGUACAAAGCCACAAUCUGUCAAAUGUCCGGACGUACGGACAGAAGCUGGCCAUGUUCCAGCAGCGGGGAACAGUGGUCGGUACAGUUUCAAGUGGCACUGGUGUACCUCUGAGUGGCACAACUAAGAUUUCUACAGCAGGAACAGUGACGCAGUACAUUUCAACAGCACAGCCAGGAACAACUCUCCAAGUCACGAAUGUAAAACCUGUUCCUGCUUCCUCCAUUACAAAAUCUGUGCCAGCGACAGGAAGGCGAGUGUCUCAUCCGGACACUACAACCACGUUACAGUCACCGACCACACCCAGUGGAGGCUACACAGGUGUUGUAGGUGCCUACAUGCAGCCAGUUGUUGGUCCAGGAGGAAUGAGUGUCACCGUCCCAGCAGGUGCGACUGUCACUGUCGCUGGUGCCACGCCUAUUGUGCCGGUCUCAAACAGUGUGGCUAUUGCAUCAGGGCCAUUACCCACCCAGUUUAUUGCAACUGGUUUGAAAUCGGCCAAUCAAACUAUACAGCCAGCACCAGGGACGCCACUUACAUUAUUACAGGGUACCACAGCCAUUCAAACACAACAAGCUCAAAUAGUUCACCAGACUAGAUCUCCUUCAACGACAUUCACUAUUCCAGGUAAUUUGGUACCAAUUACCCACAUACAGUCGGCAGCUGGGGCAGCCAUCAGUGCACAGAUCCAAACAAAAACCUCUCCACAGGGUACCCCUGCUGGGCAACCAACACCCAUCCUUCCAAACACACCACUGUCCCCUCCCUCAGGGAUGACAACAGUCACACUAAAUACAAGGCCUAUACUCCCGCAACAACAACAGCAAAGGAAGAUAAAUGCAGGGGCUGGAACAUCACCAACAGCAAUAGCUGCUUUAACAUCCACUGUCAACCGCACCACUACAAACCUCCAGCCAUUAGUACCAAUUAGAACACAACUACAACAACCACAGUUCAAGGUACAGAUGGUGCAGUUCCCACAACAAGGAGGUCCUACCCAAAUACAAUGUCAACCGACUAUCGUCCAGUCACCAAGAGGAGCUACCCCUGUUCAGAUUCACACACAGGCUCAAGUUGUACAAGGAUUACAGCAGAUUCAAGGCAAACCAGUAACCACUGUCAAAGUUACUCAGCAAACACAAGGAGCACAGACAACAGCCAGAGCGCCAGGAAGGUCUCCUGCACAACGGCGGAGAUCCCAAAACAAAUAAAUAAUGUUAAAUUAAAGAUGAGCUAAGUGCAUGCAUAAGAUUGUCUUAUCACAUACUGACACUAAAAUCACAUUCAUUUGGAAGGUAGAACUUUGUCAUCUGCUUACAUGUAAUUUUCUAGCUAAAACAUGUUGCUAAAAUAUGUACAAUGUAAUUUUGUAGCUAAAACGUCAAAAUUUAUAUAAUACUAUAAAUUAUUAUAAUGUAUUUAUGUGUCAGCAAGAAUUACUUGCUUGUCCAUAAGAGAUGUAAAUAUUCAAAGAGAAUAAAAAGAAAUAAAAGUGUGCCUCGUAGUAAUGUGCCUAGUAGUAGUAACUGAUUCAGACCAGUUUUUAACAUCAACACUUGUGGAAAAAAAUAUCCUUUGCUGUUGUCUUGGUUGGUACCACCACUUCUAAAUGGUGAACUCAGAGAAUGUUUAGGCCAGACUGUUCCAUUUCCAAUUUGCACAUACACAUGUAUUAAAGGACUAAUUAUUGGACACAGUAGACUCUUCAGAGCCUCUCUAUUUUUUAACACACGUGAUGGAAAAACAGUCCCCACACCCUACCCCUUCAAGUCUCCUGUUUUGCACUGGUGUCCAGUUCUCUCAUGAUUCAACCUGCACAUUCAAUGAUCAAAUA